AUGCAUCAAACAAACAGUGGAAAAAUUACAUCGGCAUUAACUAAAGGAAAGAGAAAGCGUAUUUUACCAUACCAAUAUAACAGAUUAAUGGAGAUAUUUCAGAGUACUGAUACACCCAGCUCAGAAGUAAGAGAGAGACUGGCUGAUGAAUUAGGCAUGACAAAGAGAGAAGUGCAGGUUUGGUUUCAAAAUCGUCGCGCUAAAGUUAACAGAUCGACACAACAUUUAACUCAUCCACGCAAAUUACCGCCUUAUAUUCCUUACGAUAGCCAUAUCAAAAACACUAAAUCAGAAUCUCAAAACUCCCCUCAUAAUGCGAUCAAUAUGCUAGCCUACGUUGCGGAAAUGAUGAGGGAAUCUUGA